GACAACCCAAAACUACAUUUCCCUUCAAAGGGAACACGCGUUCGAACGUCUUGCAGGGGUCGCCUUUUCCCAAACGAUGAUCUCAACUUAAGUUUCCUCAGCCAGUCUGGGAAAAAAGAAUUAUGCCGUCGAGAAUGAUUAGCGGUUUGCCACGGCGGAGCAAAACUUGCGGACGUGAAAAUAGAGAGAAAUGGGUUUAAAGUCUAUUCGAGUUUUGACAAUGGGAUUCAAAGAAGGGGGCGAGUGAUUCAGGAUCUCCCCGUUUUUCCAUACGCGGCUCCGGCGGUAACUCAGGGCUGGGUCGAGUCUCAAGAUGUCUACGGAGGAUCAAGAGUUCCCCGAAGGGGUGCUGGUGUCAGAGGCCGGGCCGCAGUGGCUUCGUGUCGAGGUGGAACGUCUCAGCCGAGAGCUGCGGGAAACGACCCAGGAGAAGAUUCAGGCGGCGGAAUAUGGACUGGUGGUUCUGGAGGAGAAACAGCAGCUCAAGCUGCGGUUUGAAGAGUUGGAGACCGAAUACGAGGCAGUUCGACAGGAACUGGACCAGCUGAAGGAGGCCUUUGGGCAAGCCUACACCACUCACAGGAAAGUGGCGGCAGAUGGGGAAAGCAGGGAAGAGUCACUCAUCCUGGAGUCCGCCAGUAAGGAGGCGCUGUAUCAGCAGAAGGUCCUGGACUUACAGAAUGAGCUACGUCAGGCCAAAGUCUCCAUCAGCAGCAUGCAAGCUGAAAACGAACGCUUGUCCACCAUCGUCCUGGAAAUGAAAGAGAGCUCCGAGCUGGCAGAGCUGCAGCGCAGUCAGCUGCGUGAUGACAUCAGAGAGUAUAAGGUGCGAGAGGCUCGUCUGUUGCAGGACUACAGCGAGCUGGAAGAGGAGAACAUCUCUCUGCAGAAGCAAGUGUCAGUGCUGAGGCAGAACCAGGUGGAAUUUGAAGGCCUGAAACAUGAGAUCCGUCGUCUGGAGGAGGAAUCUCAGUGUCAGCACAGCCAGCUGGACGACGCCAUGCGUCUCAGAGAGAUCGCCGAGCGGCAACUAACAGAAGCUCUGGAGACCAUCAAAACUGAACGAGAGCAGAAAGCCACUCUGCGUAAAGAGCUCUCCCACUAUAUGACCAUCGGUGGGACGCUCUACAACGGCUCCUUCAACAUCUCUGUGGACAAUUUGAAACUUCACGAUGAUUCCUCCAUCACUGAGCCGGACAACGACGAUUUGAUUCAAGGGUUUGAGAACGGCUUGUUGAGGAGCGGGGACGGCGAUGUGGACGGAAAAGCUGCUAUAUACAAGAGAGGUGACGCCUUCAAACCUGCUCCGAGUCUGGUGGACGAUCUCUUAAGUGAGCUCAACAUCUCGGAGAUCCAGAAGCUCAAACAGCAGCUUGUUCAGGUGGAGCGGGAGAAGGUGGCCCUCAUCAACUCCCUCCAGGAGAGCCAGAAGCAGCUGGAGCAGGCCUAUGGCACUGUGUCUGAGCAGAAGGAGACCGUCAACAAGCUCACAGAGAACCUGAGUGCUAUGAGGAAGCUCCAGGCUAGUAAGGAGCGUCAGUCUGCCCUGGACAGUGAAAAAGACCGGGACAGCCAUGAUGACGGCGACUACUAUGAGCUGGACAUAAACGGCCCAGAGAUCUUGCAGUGUAAAUACACGGUCGCAGUGUCAGAAGCUGGUGAGCUUCGACAGGAGCUGAAGACUCUCAGGACGCGAUAUGAGACAUGUCGAACGCAGUACGAAGACGAAAGAGCUCGUCUAGAUGCUGAGGUGCAGGAGUUGAGGUCCAAGCUGUCAUCUCUGGAGAAGACCAGCCAAGCGGAUCAGGUGGAGAUGGCUCGUCUGGAGAGGGAGCUCCGUCGAGUCACAGAGGCUGCUGGAGAGUCGCUCUGCAGCCUCAAUGUGGCCCAAGAUGAACUGAUCGCUUUCAGUGAGGAGCUGGCUAAUCUCUACAACCAUGUCUGCAUGUGCAACAACGAAACCCCCAACCGGGUUAUGCUGGACUACUACAAGAAGGGCCAGCCUAUGGUGAAGACUGAUGGACCGGUGUUGGACAGUGGUGCUAAGAAAGAUUCAAAUAUAGUGCCCUCAACAGCAGAACAUCGCCCAGAACCCAUGAACGUCUAUAACCUUGUAGCCAUUAUUCGAGACCAGAUCCGACACCUGCAGCAGGCUGUGGACCGCACCACAGAGCUGUCCCGUCAGAGACUGGCCAACCUGGAGCUGAGCGCUGUGGCAGAUAAGGACAAGGAGGCCUGCAUGGAGGAGAUUCUCAAACUGAAGUCGCUGCUCAGCACCAAAAGAGAACAGAUCGCCACUCUGAGAGCCGUUCUCAAGGCCAACAAACAGACUGCAGAGGUCGCUCUGGGUAACUUGAAGAGCAAGUACGAAAGUGAGAAGGCCAUGGUGACCGAGACCAUGAUGAAGCUCCGCAACGAGCUCAAGGGUUUGAAAGAAGAUGCUGCUACAUUCUCCUCACUGAGAGCCAUGUUUGCAACACGAUGCGACGAAUACGUGACCCAACUGGAUGACAUGCAGAGGCAACUGGCUGCCGCUGAGGACGAGAAGAAGACGCUGAACUCUCUGCUGCGAAUGGCCAUCCAGCAGAAACUGGCCCUGACGCAGAGGCUGGAGGACCUGGAGUUCGAUCACGAGCAGGCGCGGCGGAGCAGUGCCACGGUCUCCAGCGGCCGAGGCAAAACAAAAGGCAAAGGUGCUUCGUCCAGUCACCACUAAAUGCCUCAUGGUCAUCACGUGGUCUGGAACUCAACUCGUGGUGUCUCCACUUCGACUCACAGUCCAGCUCAUUUCAAUGUUAAAACAUGCAGUAUUUACAAAUCUGUGUUAUGUGCCAAAACAAACAUUUGUAUUCCCCGUCAGCUCCGUCUGACUUUGUUCAUCGCAUCAGCUGUCAAGGCAAACCUCCGAACUGUGAACUAACUCAGUGUAGAGGAGUCCAGGGGCCUCAUUUGUAAAUGCACACAAGAGAGUGAGCGCGGCAAUUUCCUUUAUAACCCUGUUCACUCUCACCACUGCGUACUCUGUCAAUGUUAAAAUGAAUGCAGUUCUUGUGUUUGUCUUUGUAUGAACAACAACCAUAUUUGGGCAUUUAAAAACCAGGCUGACAAUAUUUGCAGUAGGCAACAAUAUCUCCGCCAAGUUUUACAAAUGACGCCCCAAGUCUUCGAUCAGCUUCUGGUACUCUGAUUUAGUGUGGUUGGUUGUUUGCUGAUUCCUGUCUCCCGCCACUCUUUAUUGUUUUCCAUCAAUCCAAACCGUGUGCAUGUUUAAUGCUCGUCUCCUCGCAUGACUCACGUGUAUCACCUUUAUUUAUUUUAGCUGCCAAGCAGGAACGGAGUGACAAAUGAGUUUAUCUGCCUUAAAUGUUUUCGUUUUGUCUUCCUGACAUCCCUGACUGGGAUCUCCUGAGCUGUAUAAUUAAUGUUAUGGAAUAUAAUGCAAUAUAAUAUUUCAAAAUUGAUCCUGAAGUCAAUACUUCACAUCCAGGGUUGUCUGUCAAUCUAUGAGCAGGACAGAACUGCAAAGAGGAGUUUUGCUAAGCUUAUUUAAAUACACCUAAGUUAAGGUCAGAUGUCAAUAGUAUUCGUAGAAAAACAUGAAGGAGAGUUUUUAUUUGUAUUGCGGUCUAAGUUGGUUUUCCUUGGACAAAACACCCACAGUGCCAUUUAAUAUGUUGAUGAUGAAAGUGCCGCUCACAAUCGAGGCUUAGAUUUCUUCCUUGUUAAACGUUUCUAUAUGUUUUAUUUCUAUAUUUUUUUUAUAUUUUUAAUAUAACAAGAUUUGUAUUUAUUUGCCUCUUCUCAGACUGGGGUGGGAUGCGUCGUCAUUUUACUUCAUAAUGGAGUUUGAGUUGCGACCUGUGAAACUGAUUUCCAGACAGCAAAACUGGCGGAUAAACUCUGGAGGAGUUCGUGACUUAACAAUUGUGUGUGCCAACAGUUGUAUAUUAAAGAGAAAAUAAAUCUUAACUUUCACAAUGCUGCAGUGGACAGUGAUACUUUACUGAUACAGUACUGUCAAUGAUACUGAGAGCAUAUGUUUGAUCUGCAAUU